AUGGCUGGCAAACUGCCUGAACACAGGGAACGUUAUUACUGUGAUCUAUUCAGGACUACUGUUCUCUUUUGGCCUUCCUCGUAUGGGAAGAUUCUCGUUUUACUUGAUGAAGAGUCAGAGGAGGAUCAUGUAUUUGGAGAUAAGAUAUUAGAUCAAACCAAGAAAUACUUUCCUGACUAUAAACUUGAGGUGCAGUAUGAGGCUCUUCCAAAGGAAAAAAGCACCCUGGACUUUCCAGGUAUGCCACAACCGCCCGGUUACAACAGGCAACUUUGGAGUAGCUUCUUUAUGGAUUUGUUUACAAAUGACUCUAUAAUAGCGUGGAUGGACAAUGACGCCGCCUUUAUCACCCCAGUAACAAAAUCCAUGAUUUUUACUGGCACAAAGUUACGGAAUUUAGGCUCAGGUUGCACACAACAUAGGAGCUGGGUACCUACUUGGGCAGAAACUACAGAGCUUGCGCUUGGGUUGCCCUUUGUUACUGAUUUCAUGACGUAUUUUCCGGUUUACAUCUACAGGGACACCUUUACUCGCUGCAGAGAACAUAUACUGAAAAGAUUUAACACCAGCAACUUUGAGGAAGCGUUCAGAGAGUUCUACAAGGGCUAUAUUAGUCCAGUCAGCAUUAUAAUGGGUUAUGCCUGGUACUUCGAGAGAGAUCGCUACGACUGGAAUUUCGAGAUCUGCAAUGGUCUCUCAGAGUACAAUAAAAGAUUUGCAAAUGGUCAUAAUACCAUUGGACCAGAAGAUGUAGAAACUAUUUUGUCCGAGCCUCAAGCAACUUUCCACGUGCCAUAUGCAGAGUUUUUGUCUUCAAACAUUUUAGUCAGUUACUGCUUGUCACAGAAAGCGGCAGGAAAUGACUUGGAUAUAUGCUCCAGUCGUUCUAUGUCACUGAGCGAUAAUUUUGUUCUCUUAAACUUCGAUCUUCAGUUCGUUGAAACUGUGGACGAAACGCCGUGUACUGGAAAGCAUACCAGCACUUGUUUGCGAGUUUUAGAGCGUCAUUAUAAACAAAUCGGAUCUGAGAUUCAAAAAGGACGCGAGGUGGAAUGGCGCAAUGUUGAAACCGUUGAGAAGCUUGCUAAUGAAUUUGAUAUACAAUGUUCGUCACUUACGUAAUGAGACCCUGACUGAAAACUGCUUGUGUAGAGCGUGAUACAACAGGAUUUUAAUGAGGGGCACCCAACGACUAGUUUGCUUCACAUCCGUUAUUUGGGUCGUCAAGCAACGGGAGGAUGAGUAGGGAGUAGCGCUGGGUGACGACACAAAGAAUGGCUGUGAAGCUGCAGACUACCCAACUCCCGAAUGUUUCCAAAUAUGUCAAACGUGUCUCAAAUGGUUUUCUCUAUGCGUUAGAAGCCCGUUUAAUUAUUUGGAGCUGCCCUAAAAUCUUUUUUUCUGUUCGAAUGUCUUAAAGAAACUUCGGCCGUCUCGAAAGUUUGAGGUCGCUUUUUCUUCUCAUUCGACUGAACUGAUGGCCACUCUGUUUCGUCCGGUCGAAAGUUCGAGGUCAGGGAGUAGCCAUACUUUCAAAAGAAAGUUCAAGUGAGCAUUUUGCCUUUGUACCGAGAUUUUCAGGAGACCUUUUUUGAUAGGGUUAGAUACAUUAUGCAAGCAUAAUUUUGGGCAUUAUGCUAUAGUCGGAGUAUCGAGUAUAAUGCCGGCAUAAUGGCCAGUUUUUUCAGCGUAAAGAGAAUGAUUGUGAAAAAAAAAUACAUUUCCGUAACAGUUACUGUGCUGAGAAAUUUUUACUUCCAAGUGCUUUUAGUGAGGAUUGGCAUAUUCAAAGAGGCUUGAUUACUACUUUCAAUGUCUUGUUGCAUCGUUGCAUCAUUUCGUUAGGCUGCUAAGACUGCAUGUCCAAUUGUCUAUCCAUAAUUGUUCCCAGUUCGAAAUUUGUAACUGAUGCAAUAAAAUGUUGUAUUAAUGUCUGUGGGGAUACAGUCAAGAUCAGUUGAGGAUAAUGCUUCUUUUCGAGCAUAAUUUUAGGCAUAAUGCUGUUGUUUUGAGGGUGACGCUUAAAAGAAUAAUGCUCAAAUUCUAGAGCAUAAUGUAUCUAACCCUGUUUAAUAACAAUAAUCGCAGUAUCUUGCAUUGGUAAGAAAAAAAGAUCGUCAGUUAGUAGAAAUACUCCGAAUAUAUUUGAUGAAUGGAACGGUUAUGCGGAAAUUUGUAGCCAAUAUUUGCCUCUUCGAACAGUCAUUUUACAGAAAAAUGUCGUUGGGUACCCUCGUUUCAUAGACCGCCUUAUUCACUGUACGCGCCAUCUUUGUACGCACUUUCUGAGUAUUGAUGGGAUAAAUGCAAUGUCACGUGAUAUUUCAGGGGGCAAAUUAGUGAUAAAUUUACCAAUACGAGUAAUCGCGGUGGAGUUUGUUUAUUCUACAAAACAAGACAACUUUACGUACAGUUCGAGUUUCGACAAGUUUUAUGCUAGUAUUGCUUGCUGUGAGGACAACUACGGUCCUUAUUCCACCCCUAAUUUACCAUUAUUGCCUUGAAGAUAAAAAGUGCUUCAGUCAUUUUCUGUUGUCUAGAAUAAACAAACUUGACCGAGAUUUCUUGCAUUGACAGAUUUACUUGUUUCCCCGUGGGAAACCACGUGACAUCGCUUUUAUCCCAUCAGUCCUUGAGCGCGAGCACCAAAGAUAGCGGGUGUCAUGAAUAAGGUCUAUUACUAUAGCUUUCAAUUUUAUACCUUCUGCACUAACUAGUUCAUCAAAGGUGAAGGACCUUUUUAGCUUGGCUUGUUCUUUUUUUGACCCAUUUCAGAACCUCAAGAACGUUAAACUUGCUACGUUUUUAGCAGUUGAAAGCAAUGUAUGACCUGUAGUGUUCUCAUUUGUUUUUUAGAACCAAAUUCACGGUAAACGCCACACGUCAAGUCGUGCCAGGUGACCAAGUUUUUCCGUCGCCCUUCAUUCAGUGUUCAUGAUAUCUACCCAAAAAUCAGUUGUUUUGUGCCAGUUUCAUCCAUAAGAAAUAUUUUGGACAGAUCAGUAUUAUCUGCUCAUUUCCUAUUGUGAGAAAAUUUGUAACUUGAAUCUGACGUUUGCCGUUUGUCUUAAAAUUAACGUGAUGCUAGAUCUCUCUAAUGAUGGCACAUAAUUCCUGGUAAUAAGCACCAAACAAGUAAACUUCUCAAUUAGUUUUUUUAUCAAUGAUUAUUUAACGACAUAUAUUUAACGAGUGUUAAGGAGUGUUUAUCUAACCAGAGUCAAUUUAUUGGGCAAGGGUUCAAGAUGCUGCAUUCCAAAAAAAUCAAAUCUUUUGUGAAACACCAUUGGCUUAAAGUCCCCACAGCUGUCUGUUGAAUGCCGUAUUUAUUCCGAUAUAUUUCAUUUUGACUGACAAAGUUAUCCAUGGGUUAGAUCUUAUUUCAUAUUCCGGCCAGCAUGAAGGUGAACGCUAGGUUAUGAUAGCUAUUUGUUUUUUGUUAACGCUGAGAGUUCACUUGGAGAUAUUCCUGUUCAUUUUUUUCCUGGUAAACUCAGGAAUGUGCUUUCCAGUGAAGUUACACAAUCACCUAGAAGGCCUCCAGCAAUGCUAAUUUUUAAUCUUCGUAGUUAUCUAUUUAAUUCAUGAACUCUUUAAAAGACUUUUAGGGUGUUAUACAGAUCAUAGAAUUUUUGAUGCCUGAGAUGUUGUCACGUUUUCAAUAUAUGCGUUAAUUUAGUUGUUAUAAAGAGUUAGAUACAUGGUCCAGAAAAUUUACUUCCGAUAUAUUAGUAUGUCAAGUUAUAAGAAACACAGCGGAAAAAAAAAAACAGUGAACGGUUUGAACCCAGGAAUCAUGUCAUAAAUAAGUGGAAUAUGAUCUUUUGAGUGAGUCUUGUCCCGUUGUUGACAGUAGGGAACUUGAAAAUCACGACAAAGUUCACGACGACGAUGUCUGUUGACUGGGAAAGGACUGGUAAGAAAACGUCAGUUUCGGUGGGAAAAAGGAAACUUAAGGUGACUCAACACAGUUAUUUUGUGAGGGUACCAUCCUACUUUGACGCUCUCUGGUAUCCCCACCUUUACUGUGAUCGUAAGUCUAACAUAUAGCAUGAAUAACCUGCCUGCCUGCCUGCCUUGAUAGUGCCUUGUGUUGAACAGAGUUUCACCAAAAUCGCAAAGACAAAAUGAGAGAAAUUCAGCGGUUUCCAAAUUUAGAUCAUAAUUUGUGCGAAAAUGAUAAGCAAACUUUACACGAUUAUAUCUAGUAAACUAUGAGAUUUACUCCUUUAUUUUGGGAAUCGUUAUUACAGAUGGCCUGGGUCCUAGCAAGUCAGCAAAAAGCUUUAGGGUCUGAAAUGCGCACGAUUUCGAGCAAUGCAAACAUAUAGAAAUUAUAGUUUUAGCUAUUUUUGUCAAUGUUUAAGAGUCCCUCUCACGAAAAAAGCAUUUUCUUAAAAAUUCGUAGUUUUUUUUCCUUCAAAUUUUUUCAGGGCUACAAUUGAUUAACUAACUGGACCAGUUAGUUUCGUCUAUUUUUCUUUUCCAGUUGAAGCUGGACAGCUUACCUGGUCACUAUUUUUUCAUUGAUUUUGAUUUGUUCUCAUGUGCUAUGUAGUUAACUUUCAUUGGCUAAUGGCAUUUGCUACUUGAUUUUCAUCGGUUCUUUAACUUUCCGAUUGACCUGUCUAAUUUCAAGCUCCUAGUAAUCGGACAUGUCAAAUCGGACAGUUUUGGAGUUACAAUAGGAAAUGGCAUUUCCCCAUGGGGUCGCACGUUUUCGGAUUUUUGGGGUAAGAUAGUGGUUUUAUGCGCGAAAGUGGCUUUCUGUAGACAAUUCGGUGCUUCGCUUAACAUCGUAAGGGAAGGAUUGUACCGGAGAAAGUUCAAAUUCGUUAUUUCAAGUACAAUUAAUAUACAGUCGAACUUAUCCAAAACGCUAAAAUUUUCCCUGUCAAAGCCUUAUAAUUCGAACGACUAACUCCCGUGAGCGACCGCUACCACUUUUUAGGAUGACUGUUUUAGAAUUUUCUAUUGCUUUCAGUUCACCUCUUCUAUGUGACCACUUUAUACAAUGGUCUGAUCUUUCUGUUCCCUGUAUGUACUAGCUAACCUUUAAGAGAAGAUCUUUUAGAAACAACAUGGAUUUACAUAUAUUGUAACCUAAAAGUUUCAUGCAGAACCGCUCUCUACGGAAGGUCGGGUGUGUCCGGACUCCUCCUCGUAAAAGAUCUGCUGCAGUUCGACUCUUUCCCGUAAGCCACCACUACCUCUUCGCAUUUUAUGUGGUCGCUUUAGAGAGUUUCGACGGUAUUUCUAACGUCUAGUGUUUAUUAAUCCGGAGGGAAAAUGGAAGUAAAUUAAGUAACGGGCUGGUUCUCAUUUAAGUAGUUUACAACAAAAACUGUCAGAAAACACUGUAGCGACUGUUUGCAGUACUGGAGUGCGUUUAGCAACUGUUCUUUUUCUCAUAUUUAAAGUGGCUCUGGCCUCUUGACAGACAUCUCGGGCUUAAAUUUUGAGAAAAAGUACAAGUACGAUCAUGGUGUUUAUAACGGGUUAUAACAUUGCUAUAGUAACUUAGAGGCAAGUAGUGUCUUCGUGAAAUAACAGGCUUUAUUUAAUGGACCAAUGUAAACCAACUACUACUAAAUUAGAGAAAGGGUUGGGUAAAUACCCAAUAGCUCAGUGUUGAAAUAAAUGGUUUAGAUCGAGUUGAGGUCCAUUUAAACCCACGCAUUGACACGAUAGUGACCAAAAACUGAAUCUGUUUGAACAGGACCGGAAAUGACGACUGGUUUUACGCUGGAGAGUACGACUGAAGCAGAAAGGACUUAUAAGUCAGCAGGUUUUUCCGGCGUUUAACAACUUAAGAAGACUACUUUAAUAACAAUAAUGAUUAUAAUGAUAAUAAUAACAGUUCUUAUUACGUAUUUCGCGUGCGCCUCAAUGCGUCAACUUAAGGAGACUUUUCGCUUGCAUGUGUAAGUGUCUACCACGGUUUGACUUGAGAAAAGAUAAAAAGAGUUGUGGAUGAAAAGAGCCACGCUCUUAAGUUAAGGUGCCCUUCUUUUCUAGCAGCUGAGCUUGGUGAUGGACCAGCCUCAGAACUUUUUGUAGUUGGAAAUGGACCGCCAGCAACUGAACUUUGUGAUGGUGAUGGACUACUCCGGCCGGUGUCAGUUUUGGUAAGGUUUCAUACAAUGUAAUUAAGCCCAUUUCCCAGAUGCCUCAAGCCUCUGUUUCAAAGUGAGACUGACUGCAAAGCCAUUGAUAUGGAAAUGAUUUUUAGGGUCAUACAAAUAAAACUCAUUUUCACAAGAAAGGUACGGUUUUGCACUUUAAGCCUCUUUGAAAGUGAGAGCUUUUGGAACUUGGAAAUGGUCUAUUACCUAAGGAUUGUGCCCAGGCCAAACAUAAACAAACAGCUUUUGCCUGCCCAAAAUAGGCCUGUAAUGCAGGCUAAUUUUCAUACUAUAAAAGAAUAUAUUAAUAGGCAGCCAAUAUGAAAGAGAUCUAUUCCAAUGGUCUGCCAUUGUCCAGUUGGGAUUUCUGUUUGUUAAGCCUAUUUCAAUAUUUGUAUCUGUCCUCCAGUUGUAGGGUCACAUUGUAAAUUACCAGAAAUCCACAAAUUGUGUUCCCUGCAAAAAGUCUAUCGUUUUUUCCUUAGUGUUUCUUCCAUUUCAAAGCAAGUACAAGAUAGUGCAGUUUGUACUUGUCUGGGAGGAAAAUCGACCAGCUGGCCCCGGGGCAGGGCCAUGCAUUAGCGGUGCACUUUGAUAUUGUUGUAGCCGCCAUCAUUGAUUUUAUGACUGAGGAAGAUUGGGAGAGUAGAAAUAGAAACCCUUAGGGUAGGUGCUAGGGUGAAAAAAGAAAACCGGGGACGGGAGGGUUAGGUUUUCUGAUCUCGUUUGAAAGUAAGAAUUCUUUUGUAUUUUGCACAUGCUAACGAGGUCAGAAAGGCUACUUAUCGUACCAUAAAAGAAUAUAUUACUAGGCUGUCAUUAUGAAAGAGAUUUAUGGCUGAGUUCAACUCCUUGGCACAUCUUAGGAAUUCAAAUAAAUUUAAAAAGCACAAUUUUUCUCAGCUUGUUUAAACUCUGCUAUUUUCUUUGAUUUUUUCCCUAACACAAUAGCCUUUCUCUAAGCCCGUUUCCGGUUGGUGGACCAGUAUAUUUAGAGAAAAGGCGAGAAAAUGCAAGUAGUGGCAAGCUGGAUACAUAAGACUAUUUUUUCUUUAUAUAGCUUUUCGUAUCAGCCCGAAAAGCUGUGCGGUAUAGAGUGAACACCCAUCCCUUAUGAGACUCUCCACUUUCGAGAUCGGCACGAGGCAGCUUCCUCCGUCGCAGAAAUCGCCGGGGGGAAGGGGAGGCAGAGGGUUUAGGAAAAUUUUGCGUACUUCUGGAAAAAUUUACCCCCCUUAUAAUUCUUCAGGGCCAAGUUGUUCAAAGCUGGGUUAAGAUAACCCAUGGUUAGUGCGAGAUUAGAAUUCAGAUUUGAAAGCUUAAAAAGCACUUCAGUUUUAAUUCUUUUUCUCUACAAGUUGAUGAUUGGAAGCUCUAAAAAUAGCACAGAAAAUUAUCCGAGAAAAUGCUUUUGAACACUAGAAAAAGAAACCCGGGCAAAAUUUAACCCCGGGUUAAAAUAAGCGCUAAUCGGCCUUCGAACAACUGGGCCCAGGUGAUUAACUUCUUUUUAACAACUGGUGACCUAAUGGUAACCAGUUUCAUGACAACAUGUGUGUAAAGCACAUUCAACAGGUGUAUAUUUUGUUACCAUUGCACUCCUUCGAAUAAAUUUUAAAUGUCCACGUUUCCUUCAUCGAAGCGUUCUUUUCACAAAGAAAAGGUCAGUGUAAUCCGAUUUCUUCGUCGCAACUUGUCUUCUUUAUAUCAUUUGCAGUACACCACUUGCUAUGUUAAGGUCAGUUUAGCAAUUUGAAUGGCAAGUAGUCAUUUUAACUUCGUCUCGCGAGUCCCAAAGUCUCAUUCAGGUCAAACAAAGGCCCGCAAACUUACUUCAAGCAAAAUGCGUUUUAGGAACUGAAACUGGUGUCGCGAGGCCCACCACGGUCAAACGUCUGAUCUUGGUCGUUACCUUGUUUUGUUUGCUGGGAUUUCAUUUGCCAGUAACUGGAAACACAGGAAAGGUUAAAUGAAACAACUGAGUGCACGUAACUAAUUUCAUUUUUCUUAGAAUAUCCAGAUUCUGUUCGCUGAAAACGCUUCACAUCCGAGUAAUCUUAUGGUGAUGUUACACGCGACGCUAUGCAACGACGAUUUUUAGCACAACACAGCGCUGCAAUGUUGGAACAAUAUUGUAAUCGUUCGAAACAAUGUCGUAACAAUGUUGCAACGCUGUGUUGCACUAACUUCGUCGUUGCGAAUAGUCUCGUGCCGGCAAACUGGCGCCGACCACAACAUCAAUUUCAGUUUUCGAGUCUGUCUGGCAGUGCGGCCUCGCUAGCUGAUCUCAACUGAACAAAUAUUUCAACUCGAGAAUCAUUUUAAGAAGCAGGAAAAAAUUUUUUUCGCUUGAGUAUAUAUAUACUUCUGGUUAAUGUAUUGACAGGGGUAAGCACCCCUCUGCUGUAAAUCAUUGACUAAUAAAAUAUUGGUUCAGUAUUUUGUUUCAAAAGGUGAAUUGGCUAUUCAACGAUUGAGUGAAGCUGUCUGGUACCUAAACACAGAGAUUGAAAAUCUUCUUAUCGUUUUAGGCAGUCGAUAAGCCUACGUGUAGCCGCACCCUUCCCCUCUCCGUUUUUCCUUCUUCGGGGGAAAGGUACGGCUACACGUAGGCUAGCAGUUGACUGACAUCUGUCAGGGAGAGUUUGAUUGCCCAGUCCUUUUUUCCCGCUUAGGUCAAAAUGGAUGGAAUGUAACUUUGCAUAUCAUUUUAACUUGUCAAUCCCUCGUAUAUUCUUUUCCGUGAUGUUCGCCAUUUGUUUGGCUUUUGCCGGCCCCAUCGUACCUUGUCUCAAUAACCAAUGAAAACGAGGUUUUGGAUGUUCCGUCAGGACUGCUUGCCCCUUUCUUGUUGGGAUACUUUUGAUAUCCGUUUCUUUAUGUUUAUAUAAAAGCUUGUGGUUUUCAAAACAUCGUAGAAUUUUACUAUUUCAGUGAAACGGUUAUUGAAUGUGACCCUCUCUGCCGGUGUCACCGUCCAGUAUUAAUUUCACUGGCGCUUUUUCCUGCUUAAAGCAAGAUGUCCACUUAUAACAUGUGGUGCGCUGGCCUGCGAGCAACUUCUUCCUUUGGGGGAUAUCGCGAUCGUCGCGCGCAAGAGGCACGCAAGAGGAGACGCAAGAACGAGGCUUCCACCACCCCCAACCCCCCCACCUAGCGCGUGUUCUCGCUGUUUCCAUUUCCAGCAUUUCUUUCACCCCGCUUCAACUUAGCGACCCGUUUUAUAUUUUACUACCUCAGAAAGAUCAAGUUUUGACUGGUGAGCUCAUCCAUGAAUGAUAUGCGUUCUGUGUGAGCACAUGUGGACAAUACCGUCCACUAACAUCUCACUUCUAUUUUGCUUCUUGACAUAAAAGUUACGUAAAAAAUAUUUUUGUUACCCAAGCAGAGGCUGACCCUGCGACAGACUCUUUGAAUACCCCGAGCGGCAAGUCCACUUCCGCUUGCGCCUUAUCUCAGCGAUUCACUUUCAUAUGUAAACUACUUUUCACAAUAGUAAUGCAAGUCUCUCUAUUUUUAUUUACAGAAGCAAGCAAUCUGAAGAAAGCUGUUACACUGGAAAAACAAUGAUUUGGCGCGGGACAUUCAAAAUACGCCUUCUCCUUUGUUUUUUGUUGUUCCUUUUCACCGUGGUACUAUUUGCAACAUAUAUUUUUCAGUUUAAAGUCACUUUCCGAUCACUGCUCGACUCAACGCCUUACUUCUAUGGUAGCGAAGGUACUGGCAGAUUUUUAUAUAAUACUAAAGCGAGCACAGCAGACUUCCCAACAACUAUGUUAACGAAGAUGAUCACCACAACCGAAGUAGUCUCAAAUACUAAAGGAACCACAGAUGCCUCAGUAACUCUGUUUGUGAGGAUGGCUGGCAACAGGAAACGUUAUCAUGUACUGUGAUCUAUUCAGGACUACUGUUCUCUUUUGGCCUUCCUCGUAUGGGAAGAUUCUCGUUUUACUUGAUGAAGAGUCAGAGGAGGAUCAUGUAUUUGGAGAUAAGAUAUUAGAUCAAACCAAGAAAUACUUUCCUGACUAUAAACUUGAGGUGCAGUAUGAGGCCCUUCCAAAGGAAAAAAGCACCCUGGACUUUCCAGGUAUGCCAAAACCGCCCGGUUACAACAGGCAACUUUGGAGUAGCUUCUUUAUGGAUUUGUUUACAAAUGACUCUAUAAUAGCGUGGAUGGACAAUGACGCCGCUUUUAUCACCCCAGUAACUAAAUCCAUGAUUUUUACUGGCACAAAGUUACGGAUUUUAGGCUCAGGUUGUACACAACAUAGGAGCUGGGUACCUACUUGGGCAGAAACUACAGAGCUUGCACUUGGGUUGCCCUUUGUUACUGAUUUCAUGACGUAUUUUCCGGUUUACAUCUACAGGGACACCUUUACUCGCUGCAGAGAACAUAUACUGAAAAGAUUUAGCACCAGCAACUUUGAGGAGGCGUUCAGAAAGUUCUACAAGGGCUAUCUUAGUCCAGUCAGCAUUAUAAUGGGUUAUGCCUGGUACUUCGAGAGAGACCGCUACAACUGGAAUUUCGAGAUCUGCAAUGGUCUCUCAGAGUACAAUAAAAGAUUUGCAAAUGGUCAUAAUACCAUUGGACCAGAAGAUGUAGAAACUAUUUUGUCCGAGCCUCAAGCAACUUUCCACGUGCCAUAUGCAGAGUAUUUGUCUUCAAACAUUUUAGUCAGUUACUGCUUGUCACAGAACGCGGCAGGAAAUGACUUGGAUAUAUGCUCCAGUCGUUCUAUGUCACUGAGCGAUAAUUUUGUUCUCUUAAACUUCGAUCUUCAGUUCGUUGAAACUGUGGACGAAACGCCGUGUACUGGAAAGCAUACCAGCACUUGUUUGCGAGUUUUAGAGCGCCAUUAUAAACAAAUCGGAUCUGAGAUUAAAAAAGGACGCGAGGUGGAAUGGCGCAAUGUUGAAACCGUUGAGAAGCUUGCUAAUGAAUUUGAUAUACAAUGUUCGUCACUUACGUAA